AUGCAUCGUCGAGCGCCGCGGCCCGAUGCGCCGAGCACUCAGGAGAUGGAGCUGCACGAGACAGAGAGUCUGCUAUCGAUUCUAAACAUGGUACGUUCCACGCGACGCUUAUUUAAGAUUGCGUCCCCUCGGACAAGCGCCGACGAGCGCAUGUAUGCACUCGUGCAACUCGAGCAUUUUGUCGCACAGCGCGUGCUCAAGACGCUGCCGGUGCUCAAGCAGCAUGCGAGCGAGCAUGCGACACGCCCUUCUGCGUACCUUGCACAGGUAGACAGGUGUUGCGACUGGACGGUUCCUGUGCGCGACGCGCGGCUGUACAUGGCCGAGCAAAUCUUCGCCCACGUCGCGCGCUUGCGCGUCGUGAUGGAAAUAGCAGGGGACGACCGCGAACUGCGCACCCUCGCCGCCGAGAUGGGCUGCUCUUUAUCGCUGCUGCAAGGCAUGUGCCUCACACACUACCCCAGCAAGCAGCUGUGCUCAAUGCGCAGCGCAUUCGAGCUCCUUCUUUCGAUCGUCGAGUCCACGUACGCCCAUGCAACACACACCGACGCGCCACUGCGCCUGCUUGCAUCACACGCACUCGACACGCUCAUGUGUAUUCUCGUAGAUGCGCCGGCAGAGGUGCGCGGCGUGUUUGAGCAGGUGGGCGGCGUCGCUACCAUACGCCGGGUCAUGCAUACCCACCAGGCUGAAAAAAACGAGGAGGGACCGCAGGAUGCGCAUGUCACUGCUGCGAAAUGCUUCGAGUUUCUACUCUUUUACUUGCAGGCGGGCGUGUUUGAGGAACAGGCUGCGGCCCAGCUGCCGACCCGCGCCGAUACAUACCCCGCGGCGGUGUUUGACCCGCCGCCGCCGCCUCCACCACCACCGCCACGCAGUAGUGGCACUGAGACACCGUUUUACACACCAAACGCCACUCCACGCGCACACGCGCGUGUUCUUUCUACAGGAUCGCCUACCAAGACACCUUCGGCGCGGCUCGAGCGCCGUAUGCCGGAUAUGAACCCGUUCACGCGGCCGGACGAGACACCGCGCAGCCAUGCUGCAUUGCGGCACCUGCGUACCCACAGCACCGACGACCGGCGUCAUGUGCCCACUCACAGCACCGAGGAAAGGCGGCAUUUGCGCGCACGGAGCACCGACCAACCAUUCGAGCUGUCGCAGACGCCGAGGGCGCGCGGGUCACGGCUUGACGCAACACCCCAUCAGCACCUACGUCCCCCAUUUCCUCUGCACCGCACAGGAGAUCGAGACGCGUUUGACAAUACCAUGCGCCGCUCUGCGUCCCCACGCAAAGCGUCGCGCUACGAAAGCCCUACACGGUGGUAG